AUGGGUCUUAAAACUUCCUGUAGUGCUUUCAGUAGGGUUAUGUCAAUAGCAAUGUCAAGACUAGCGUUUGAGAAGUGUUUCAUUUAUUUAGAUGACCUUAUUACGUUUGGAAGGUCUUUAGCUACUCAUAACCAAAAUUUGAUAGACGUUUUUGAAAGAUUGAGGAAGGUAAAUUUAAAACUAAAUCCCGCUAAGUGUCAAUUUCUAAAAAAGAAAAUUUUAUAUCUUGGUCAUGUAGUAUCCGCUGAUGAUAUAGCACCUAACCCAGAAAAAACUAAAGUUCUAGAUAAGUUUCCAGUUCCUCAGAAUGCCGAUGAAGUAAGACACUUUGUUGCUUUUUGCAACUACUAUAGAAAAUUUGUACCUUCAUUUGCUACCAUAACAAUGACUUUAAAUAAUUUACUAAAAAGGGAUGUACCUUUCAUUUGGAAUUCAGAUUGCCAAAAUGCAUUUAAUUUCUUAAAAAACGCUUUAAUUUCUCCACCAAUAUUAGAAUACCCAGACUUUGGUGAAUCCAAUGAAUUUAUACUGCAAACAGACGCCUCAGACUUGGCUGUAGGAGCUGUGCUGUGUAAUAAAAAUAGAAAACCUAUAGCUUAUGCUAGUAGACCAUUAAAUAAAGCUGAAAAGAACUAUCCCGUAAUAGAAAAAGAAUUAACGGCAAUAUUGUGGGCAGUUAAAUAUUUUAGAACCUAUUUAUUUGGCAGAGCUUUUACUAUCAUGACUGACCACAAACCUUUGGUUUAUUUAUUUGGAAUGAAGGAUCCAUCUAAUUAA